CAGCAUCGCAAACUCAUCCUGCUCUCAGCACCAGAGCUGGAGGCUGUAUAUAAAUGCUUAAAUGCAUAAAUACCUCUUUGCAUACAUAUUGUUGUGAUUUUGUGCGACUGACACAAACAGACACUUCAUAAACUGUUGUUCAAACAGCACAAAGCGGACUAUGAGGGAUUGAACUGCACUUCCAUGAAAGUUUGAUCAUCUAAAUGCGCUCUCUGUGCAUUUAAUUCGUGUUCAAAUGUGGAUACUUUACGAGCGGCAAUUCUGAACAAUGGACAUAUUUAAAACGGUGCAACAUCAGUGAACGUGAAGGAUUCCAAGCUCGAGCGCACGUCGGCAGGGCGAACACUGCAGCUCCUGGUGGAUGCGCUCAAGUUAACUUCAUCAUUGUAAUGAGACUGGCUUUACACAAAGGAUAUUUAAUGCCAGCAUUGAUGCACUAAGCAUGUGUUGCGCGUUUGAACGCAUUUAGAAGAUGUGCAGAACGCAGCGAAGCCGCAUGAUUGGACAACUGUGCUCUGAUGUCCGCCGAACAGGAACUCAUCCAUGCCCCUCACCAGCCCAGUCUUGACCUUCUCGAAGCGUGAAGAACAAGCAAAUCAGAACUUUAUUUUUGAGGUACAUAACCCCACACAUCUGGCCGCUUGAGCACUUCAUUGGACUCAUGGGUGCUGUACUGUCCCUCUCGCCAGGUCCCCGAAAACCUGGUUACUAUAACGACCGGCCCGGUUCCCUAAGCCAUUACCCGAGCCUGAGCAGCCACUCUUUGAACACUCAGAAGGACCGCAGUCUCAAACGUGGCCAUUCCAUCUUCCUCCCUGCUCUCACAUGGAAACGGCUGGUGGCCUCCACAAAGAAGCGAGGCGAGACCAAGAAAGGCUACCCUGGAGGGCAGGCAGCUCUCCGGGCUCCACUAAACAACAAUAACAUCUAUCAGAAGGAUCCGAUUUUGCACCUCAACCACGAGAAUGUGAAGAAGUCGCUCUCCUGCGCCAACCUCACCAGCUAUGACGGUCCAGCAGGUCUGGGCUUGGGCAUGGGUCGGAGUGUUGGCUAUGGCAAAUCUAAGCAGAUCUCCUCUGUAAAGAAGGUUCCACCUACAUGCACUUCUUCACCUAAGCGUGUGAUCGUCCAGGCCUCGACCAGCGAGCUGCUUCGUUGCCUGGGGGAGUUUCUCUGUGGACGCUGCUAUCGGCUCAAGCAUCUCUCCCCUGUUGAUCCGGUUCUGUGGUUGCGAGCUGUAGACCGCUCGCUCUUGCUCCAGGGCUGGCAGGACCAGGCCUUUGUCACUCCAGCCAAUGUGGUCUUUGUGUACAUGCUGUGUCGUGAUGUGGUGGAUGGUAACCUUGUGUCUUCAGAGCACGAGCUUCAAGCGAUUCUGCUGACCUGCCUCUACUUGUCCUACUCCUACAUGGGCAACGAGAUCUCGUAUCCGCUCAAGCCCUUCCUCGUGGAGGCAGGUAAAGAGGCAUUCUGGGACCGUUGUCUGGCCAUUAUCGAUGUCACCAGUGCCAAGAUGCUGCGCAUCAAUGCAGACCCACAUUUCUUCACGCAAGUCUUUGCUGAUCUGAAGAGCGAAGGAGGUUGCGGACUGCAAGACUACACUAGAGUUUUGGAUUUAUGAAAAUAGAAGUUGCAGAUUGUCUCUUCUUACGUUAAACCACCAUCAUCCCCUGAUGUUACCAUCAUUCCAUCUUUUUGGCUCCCCCAUAUGCCAUUUCACUUAGUGAAGAGACUAUUGCUGAUCAUUCUGAAAAAAACUGAAAAAUGCAAACAUGGAUAAGAGUCUAUGGAGUAGAAUUGGAAAAAUAGCACUGCGUGUUUACAACAAAUUUUAACCCCAAAUAUUUUCUUUUGCCUCUGAUUCAGUUAUCGUAGCUAAAACAUUAAUGUAAUAAUCAGUUUGGUUUUGUCUGUUACACCAUGUCCUAAUCAGAUGCGAUGUGACGCAACAAAGCGACAAGUGACUAAAGCACCUCUUCCGUGUAAAUCUGAAUUUUUGUCAUGUCUAGAUGUAACCACAACACUCGACUAACGACUGAACAUUUUGUUGGUCGCUUGUUUUCCAUUUCUGCUGCAUUGCGCUGGGUAGCCCCGCCCAAAGUGAAACCCCACAGGUCCACAAUCCUGCUCUUCACAGCUGUAUAUUAAUCAUCACAAAUCUUCUGAUUGGCUGUGAUUGUAUCACUUUGCACAGCAGUUAUGUGUUCAGCGUGGAUUGACAAAUUGCUUGUCACUGGGAACUUGUUGCAUUGCGUCUGGUUAGUAGCAUGACUUCCAACAUCAGCCCUUUUCAGUAGAUUUUUUUUGCCUUGCAAACAAUUCCCAACUUUUAUCAUUUAGUCUGACACCCCAGAUGAAACCAUCCAACAAAGAAAAUUCAAGUGGGAAUGUGUAUGUGAUAGACAGCAAACUUUGAGGAUAAACAGCUGUUGGUUAUUGAGUUGUCCUUCCUUUAUUUCAUGAGUUGGACGUUAGGACACCAGCUGCAGUGGCAUUAACAAGAUUAACAGAUUAGUGUCACACAUGCACACAUAGACACACACACUCAGUUCUCAGUGCCUCUCCUUGCUCCCCAGCCUUUUAGUUUGAGUGGCUAAUCCAUGUAGGCCAUGCGCAGUCCUAGUAUAUGUUCUGUCCGGAGUUUCUUGUCAUCUACACAGCAGUACAGUGUCAGUGUCAGGUUUGAAUGAGGGUGCAUGAGGGUACAUCCUGCCCCUUAUGAGUAUGAAGGAUAUUAACAAAGAGGCCUAAAGACAGUUUUAGUGUUUUCAGAUUAUUUGUCUUUUAAUGGGUGCAUCUGCAUCUUCUCCCUGUAGAGCAAGUUUGUGGAGAUGCUGGCCAAUAUUAUCUUGAAGAUCAGUUUCUUUGAAAGAAAUGUCUGACUUCUGUUUUU